AUGUUCAUAGGUAACAACAAAAAUCGAGGAGCAGAAUUUUUGAGGUACGAAGAGCACAUAAGCUUGAGAUCCCUUUUUUUAAUCGAUCAAUUGAACGAUGAAUUUGGGGAUGAAUUUGAUGAUAUCAAGUUUGCGGAUUAUAGCUCUGAUGAAGAAGAGUUGGAUAGCCUUGAUGCAGACGAGCUUUCUUCAGAUGACGCUUAA